AUGGAAUUACGUUUGUCACUUAUUCGUUCACCUCUUUAUCCAGAUACAAUUAAUGUUGAUGAAGAUUUACAAGAUUACUUCAGUGAACCACGACGAGUUAAAUUAAAUGAUCAGAUUAUUAUUCACCCAUUAUUACAACCAGAAUUAGAAGUACAUUUUCUUAUUUCAUCAUUAACAAAAGAUGAUGUUCUUGUGUCAUGUGAUAAUUGUCGAAUUAUUGUUGAUACGAAAAAGGUUCGUCAAGAAAAAUUAACUUCAACUUGUUCCACUACGGAUGAAACAAUUGUAUUUAUUAGUCAACGUUUAUGUCAAAUGUUAACAACAUUUGAUAUUCAAUGGUCAAAACAAACAUCAAUACCAACAAUUCUUUUACAUGGAAUUGAUGAUUUUAGUUCACUUGUUAAUCAUGCUUGUCGCCAAUGUGGAUAUCAUUGUCAUACAGUGUCAAGUCAAUUACUUGCUGGUGAUUCUGCAGCAGCAACAAUGAAACGCAUUGAACAAUCGAUACAACUUGCAGCAAAAUGUACUCCAUGUGUAUUGUUUUUCAAUCAUGUGAAUUUCUUAUGUAAAUUAACUGAUGUUGAAAAUGAUGAUGCUAUUGUAACGAAUGGUCUUCGAAGAUUCAUUCAAAAUAUUAGAUCAACAUUAAUUAAUAAUGGUCCUUUAAUUAUUUUAGCAGGUGUUUCACGUCUUCAUUUACUUAGUGAACAAGUUUUAAGUCUAUUUAGUUAUACAUUAUCUAUACCAACUAUUCCGAUGGAAAUACGUAAAGAAUGGCUUCGUAAUCGACUUUCGAAUAUUUUAGUAGCAGAUGAUUUUAAUUAUGAUCUUGUUUUAGCUCAAACGAAAGGUUGGCCAAUAGCUGAAAUUGAUCAAUUGAUUCGAUUAACUAUUGAAGCUGCUUAUUGGCGAUCACUUGAAUCAUCUGAUAUGUUAGUUAUGUUAACAAAUGUAGAUUUUGAAAUAGCAUUAAAAAAGAGUCAUACAUCAAAAUUAACUAGUCAACGUAAAGCAAUGAUACCAAAUGUAUAUUGGAGUGAUAUUGGUGGAUUAGCUAUAGCUAAAAAAGAAAUUUUAAAUACAAUUCAAUUACCAUUAAUUCAUCCCGAUUUAUUUGGUGAUUUAGCAAGAACUGGAAUUCUCCUCUAUGGACCGCCUGGUUCUGGAAAAACUUUAUUAGCAAAAGCAGUAGCAACAGAAUUUUCUUUAAAUUUUUUAUCAGUUCGUGGACCUGAAUUAUUGAAUAUGUAUGUUGGUCAAAGUGAACAAAAUGUUCGCGAUUUAUUUGAACGAGCACGUCUUGCAUCACCAUGUAUUUUAUUUUUUGAUGAACUUGAUUCUCUUGCACCACGUCGUGGUCGAACAUCAUCGGAUUCAUCAGGUGUUAGUGAUCGACUUGUAUCACAAUUAUUAACAGAAAUCGAUCAACAACAACAAGAACAUCAUAUAUUUAUUAUUGGUGCAACAAAUCGACCAGAUCUUUUAGAUGAUUCUCUUUUAAGACCAGGUCGAUUUGAUAAACUUAUUUAUAUUGGUAUAAGUAAUGAACAUGAUGAUCGACGACAAAUGUUUCAAGCAUUAACACAUAAAUUUAAAAUUAUUGAUGAACAAUUUGAUGCAGAUGCUUUUGUACGUUCAUGUCCACUCAACAUGACUGGUGCCGAUUUUUAUGCGUUAGCAAGUGAUGCUUAUCUUCGUGCAAUUCGACGACUUAUCACAAAUAAUCAAGAAAAAGAAGACGAAUAUGAUCAAACAGUGAAUUUAAUUAAAAGUGAUUUUUAUGAUGCACUCGCUAAUUUUACACCAUCACUUGAUGAACAUGAAAUUAGGCAAUAUGAACGAUUACAAAAGUCUUGA